AUGGCCGAGCUGACAAGGGGCUAUUGCUUCAUCAUGUACACAAAUCCAGAGAAUGCGGCGAAGGCCAUCGCCCAGCUAGACCAGCACGAGAUCUUGCCAGGCAAGAAGAUACGCGUCCUGGCGAGUGUGAAUAAGUGCAAGCUGUACGUCGGUCCUUUGCCAUGGCAUAUCACAUCCGAGGAGGUUGUCAGAGUGAUCUACGCAUCAGCAUGGGACAUUGAAUACGUAUCGGUAUAUCGAUUUCUCAAUCAUGAUGCAGCGUAUGCGAUAGUCUCGUUUAAGUCUCACCGCAAUGCCGCCUUAGCGAGGCGCAAAUUGAGACCCGAAAGGCUUUUCAAGUGCAACGAAGUGCACGUGGAAUGGGCACGUGUCGAUUGGAAUCCUACCAAUGUGAUUUUAGGAGAAAGUCACACGUUGUUAUCUUACAACAAACAUAAUAAUCGCAUAUAG